AUGUCUAAAGCUAAGUAUGUACCCGAGGAGGAUCCUCUAGCAGACCUCCAUACUUCGAUGUGGACUGAUGACAAAAAUGCUAUGGUACUCCUAAACUCUAAAACUCAUUUAUUUCUAACGUGUGCUUUAAGUAGGGAAGAAUAUGACAGGAUUGAAGAAUUCAACCGCGCUAAGGAAUUAUGUGAUACCUUGAAGAUUCAUCAUGAAGGAUCAAGACACGUAAAACAAGCUAAGAUUGACAUAGGAGUAAGGGAAUUUGAACUAUUCAAAAUGAAGGAGGAAGAAACGAUUGACGAUAUGUUCUCAAGGCUCACUAUCAUUCUAAAUAGCUUAAGGUCUCUUGGAAAAGAAUACUCUGUCCAAGAGAGGAUAUGA